AUGGUCAUCAAGACGUACUUCGACUGCGAGUGGACCGGCCCUGAAGUCUCCGUCGACUCCAACGGCAAUGUCACCAACACCGGCCGUGAGCCCAAGGCGCAAUCCGGCCGCAUCAACUUCGAGCUCUUCGACGAUGUCGUACCCAAGACCGCCGAGAACUUCCGCGCUCUCUGCACUGGCGAGAAGGGCUUCGGAUACCAGGGCUCCAAGUUCCACCGUGUGAUCCCACAAUUCAUGCUUCAGGGCGGUGACUUCACCCGUGGCAAUGGCACCGGCGGCAAGUCCAUCUACGGCGAGAAGUUCGCCGACGAGAACUUCAAGCUCAAGCACACCAAGCCCUUCCUCCUCUCCAUGGCCAACGCCGGCCCGAACACCAACGGCUCCCAGUUCUUUGUCACCACCAUUGUCACCAGCUGGCUCGACGGCAAGCACGUCGUCUUCGGCCAGGUGCCAGAUGGUGACGUCAACUCGUACAAGGUCGUCCGUUCCAUCGAGGCCUGCGGUAGCCAGUCUGGUGCCAUCAAGUAUAGGGAGGGCCCACCGACCAUCAAGAAGUCUGGUCAGGCUUAG